GCGUGAUCAGCGCGCUCGACAACGUGAUGGUGCGUGAUCAGCGCGCUCGACAACGUGAUGGCGUGAUCAACGCGCUCGACAACGUGAUGGCGCGUGAUCAGCGCGCUCGACAACGUGAUGGCGUGAUCAACGCGCUCGACAACGUGAUGGCGCGUGAUCCACGCGCUCGACAACGUGAUGGCGUGAUCAGCGCGCUCGACAACGUCGCGGCGCGGCUGCACGUCGACCGCAUGUGCGUGCUCCACCGCAAGCCUCUGCUCGAGAGCGGCACCGCCGGCACCAAGGCGAACACGCAGGUCGUGCUGCCCGGCCUCACCGCGUCGUACGGCGCGUCGACCGACCCUCCCGACGACGACAUCCCCGUCUGCACGGCGAUCGAGCACUGCGUGCAGUGGGCGCGCGACCUCUUCGAGGCGCAGUUUGUGCAGGCGCCCCGCCGCGUCAACGCGUGGGCGGCGCGGCCCGACGCGCUCGCCGCCGAGCUGGGGCAGCGCGGCGCGGGCGCAGGCGGCGCGGGGGCGGGCGCGGGCGGCGCGGGGGCGGGCGCGGGUGCAGCGGCGGCGGCGAGUGUGCGCGGACAUGGCGCGGCCGGUGCGGCCAGUGGGGAGGAGGGGGUGGAGGAGGAGGAGGGCGGGGCCGAGGAGCGGCUCGCCUCCGUCUACGUGAUGGAGCGGCUCGCGUCCGUCUACGAGGCGACGGCGGCGCCCCCGCCCCCAAGCUCCGGCGCAGCCAUCGCCAGCGCGGGCGUGUCG